AUGACAGCACACGCAUUCACACUGAGCGCAUUCUGCACAUGCGCAGCUUGCGUGUUGAGCACAUUGGAGCACAUUCACGAUGCGGAGCGGACUUUGUAG